AUGUCGAACCCGAACGCUCUUUUCCUCCUCGCCGACCACGUCAAACUCUCGCUCCUCGAGCGCCAGCGUGCAAAGACGCUGAAUCUGGAAAGCGAUUCCCAAGAUGGGCACAUAUCAAGGUCUCUAGAUCAACUUCGAGAUGGCCUCGAGUCACUGGCGAAGGAGCAACAGCGGCUCGAGGAAGCCGGCGAUGAGACAAAAGCAGCAACCAUCGCAGACUCGCUGCCACAACUACAGAAACAAUACAACGACCUGACCUCCCAAUUCCACGGCUUCUCCACCCCAUCAACCGCCGCCACCCUCGCCCACCCCAACGAUCCAGCCCUGGCCCCCGACUUCGCCCACGCAAUCUCCACCAAGCCCGCGGCCCGGACCAGCAGCCCCGGCGCCGCAUCCGACCAACGACCGCCCAAGAAAUCCGGCCCCAAGACCGUCCGCUUCUCCGACGCGCCCUCCGACCUCGAAGCACAAGCCGCCGCCACCGACGACGACGACCCCUCCGCCCGCACCCUCUUCGGCCGUUACCGCGACGACCCAUCGCAGUCCGGCACGCCGGGCUACCGGGACCGCGACCGCCUGGAGGCGCAGGGCCUCGACAACGUGCAGGUGCACGAGUACCACCAACAGGUGAUGGAGGAGCAGGACGCGCACCUGGACGCCCUCGGCGCCAGCCUCGGCCGCCAGCGCGAGCUGAGCAUGCAGAUCGGCGACGAGCUCGACACCCAGGUCCUCAUGCUCGACGAGAGCGAGCGCGUCGUCGACCGCCACCAGGGCCGCCUCGACCGCGCCCGCAGGCAGCUCGGCAGGGUCGCGCGCACCGCCGGCGAGAGCAAGCAGAUGGUCGCCAUCGUCGUGCUCAUAGUCGUGCUUGUGCUGCUGAUUGCGGCGUCGAGAUGA